UUGACCUUCACGGUCGUGCGCCUCAACCUAGGCCACGUAAUGCUCGAAGAAAUAGCUCCUGACUCCCCUCCAAAUGCGCUAGUGCCAUUAGCCCCGUCCUCUCCGGAACAACACGACUGGCAAACUAUUUUUCACGUCUCCAACCAAGUGAUCCUCUAUAAUCCCACCUCGCAUGCCCUCUCAAUACGAAACGCCACACAAUACCCACCACCCUCCCGCAGACCCUGUCCGUACUGUAAACAGCCCCUGCCUUCCGACUUUCAUGCAGCGGAACUUGUGGAAGACGAUGUCGAGGCCUUAGAUGCAGAAAAUAGCUUUCGCGCGUCCAACUAUUUUCAUCUACUCGCCAUUGCGAAUGAGACCACGUCUCGUCCCUCUACUCCGCCUGCCAUUAGCGGGUCCUCUUCCGGCAGCGCGUUUCCCAGAGAAGCGAUGGCGGAAGGGUAUUUUAAGGCGUUCUUCCAAGAGGAGUUUCGUCUUGGUAUGGGUGCUAAUGGUAGCGUUUACCUCUGCCAGCACGUUCUCGACGGGAAUCCUCUUGGACACUUUGCUGUCAAAAAGAUUGCUGUGGGCGACUCACAUGCGUAUCUUCUCAACAUCUUAAAAGAGGCGCUCUCUUCACAAUUGUUUCAGGUUCGACUACUAGAACAAUUGCACCAUCCUAAUAUCAUUACAUACCACCAUGCAUGGCUCGAAACCUGUCAAUUCUCCGCAUUUGGACCUCAAGUACCCACAUUGCAUGUGCUAAUGCAAUGGGCAGAAGGCGGCAGGCUAGUCGUUCUAGACGAUUUUAUUGACGUUCGUCUUGGCCGACGUUCUGCACAUAUUCAUAUCCAUCCCGCGGCCCAUCUCGGAGGCGGAAUUCCGCAAUCUCCCAGUGCCGACAACGGCGAAAAUCUCGCCGCAGCGUCCCCAAAUCCCGACCAGAUGUCACGCUCAGCACGCAUACGCGCGUUUCGCGCUUUCCAACGAGCCCCUUCGGCGGAACGGAAUAAAAUCCGUGAAGAAAUGGCCAGAACUGCGCGGAAUGGGGCUCAUACAGCAACGUGGACGGCUGUCCACUUGCUCAGUGCAGAGGAAGUACUAAGCUUAUUCAGAGACGUGACGGAGGGCCUAGCCUUCUUGCAUGCCAAAUCGAUACUGCAUCUCGACCUCAAACCGGGGAAUGUGCUGCUGACAUGGGACGAAGGCAAGCUCAUACCUCGAGCCAUGUUAUCCGACUUCGGAACUUCACGCGACAUGCUGCAAUCCUCCCGAUUGCGUUCAGGGAAUACCGGCACUUUGGAAUAUACAUCUCCCGAGUCGCUUCCUGCUCCCCAAACAGGACUCUUGCAACCUGUCGACUCCAAAGCAGACAUGUGGUCGCUCGGAAUGAUAUUGCACAAGAUGCUUUUCUUCAAGUCGCCAUACCAAUAUGCGUCUGACGGAGAAGAUCUGGGCAGCAAGGUUGGGGAAAGUGACAAGAUGGACCGGUUAGAGCAAGAGGUCCUAACUUACCCUGGUUUUAAAUCGACACCAACUUUGGCACUACAAUUUGACACGCGGAAGCUGCCUCGCGCUUUUCUGGUGUUGUUGGAAGGGCUUCUACAUGUCACGCCAUUUAGUCGGCCUUCUUGUGAACGAGUCGUUACAGCUAUCCGUGAAGGCAAGCUCGAUCCUGUCGUUCGGACGGUUCGUAAAACAUCUUCGACGGACCCAUCAAGCUCCCUAGUUCCAGCUGUGAAGCGACCGUCUAACACAGAAACGCUUGUCCUCACUCGAGUACCACCUUCACCACCUGCAACGCCUCGAGUACAGAGUGACGAAGCGCCAAAUCAAACAACGCCCACUAUCACUAACUCGCAUGAAGACACUUUACCCUCAGCUGGACAUUCACCGCCAUCAAUAUGGGAAGACUGGGAAGAGGAAUCGAAGAGUCAAUCCUCGCUUUUGCAACUACCCGCUUCAGAUCCGCCAACAACAAUAUCAAGAGGAAGGUUACGCCUGCUUCUACGACCUGACUCCUCCAACGUCUGGAUGCGCUCGCUCAAGACAGGCUUGGUCAUCACCAAGGUUGUGAGUGCAAUGUCUGCGUGUCGCGGCGGGCGGCCACAUUGGCUGAUGAUGUCGGUGGUGAUUUUACUGGCGAUCAUGGACACUUGGUACGACUCUGUGACGACGUCUGUCGUUUUUGGAUUUCUGCAUCUUGUGGUCGUUCGCUUUGUUUGUUGGGGCAGUUUGUGCUGCGUGUUGCCUACUCUGCCGCUCGAUCUCUAG